AUGACGUCGUUGUGGAUGUUGCUGAUGGUGAUAACGACAGUCUACUGUGCCAACCUGGUCGCCGCUCUGUCCGCACAGAAAGAUGUUAAACUGUUCUCUGACCUAGAAAGUCUUCUGGACAGUGAUUAUGCUGUGGGUAUGCGAUCAUCCGGUAUCACCAGUCAUAUACUGAAGCGGAGUGACCCAUCAAGUCUGUAUGGAAAGCUGUGGUCAAAGAUAAAAGCCGACGACCCAGCGCUGUUCUUGGAAUCCUCGCUGGAAAAUAACCUAAAACGAGUGGAACGUGAGAAAUACGCCUUCUUGCAUUACACAUCAGAACUAGAGAAGCGUUUGGCUGAUGACUGCCAGUUGGAGGUUCUGGGAGAGAGACUAUUGUUUAUCCAUCAAGCAUUUGGAUUACCCAAAGGGUCCCCUCUAAAAGCUGACAUAGAGAAGAUAAUGUCUCAGAUGAAUGUGAUUGGGCUGUUAGAUAGACUGUGGGAAAAGUGGAGCCUCAAGAGAAACCUGACUCAUUGUACAGCUAAAAGAGUAUUGAAGUCAGUCACAGUAAACCAGAUCGGAGAGCUAAUCCUUGCUCCUUACAUUAGGUCAAUGCUGAGACAGAGCAGAGAGUGA